GAGAAAUCUGGCAAACUGUCCCCCAAAGGUCGCUUUGCUUCGGGAUGUACUUCCAUCAAUCUGGGGACUACGAAGUGAUUCCCCUCAGCUGAUGUAGCUGCUAGAGGGAGCGGGGUUAUUUUUUUUCUGUGCGCCAUUCCGAUGAACACAGCGCCAAUAAACAGCAACGCUGCGUAAAGUCCUGAGCGGACCACAGUCUAUGUUCGGAAAAGUCCUGAGUGAGCGAGGACUUUUCGAUAUAAUGAUCGGAUGAAAAUACGCUUAGUUAGUGACACCGAAAAGUUGAAGGAAAGUUGGAGCCAACAGAAACGUCGCGGGUGUCCGGGUGAAUUCACGCGUUAUGCGUCAACGUUACUUCUUUUCUUUUGCCACGAGAUCAUUUUUGCCACUGUUAGAGCAAAAAAGACAGUAUAGAAAAGGCAUUCAGCUCUGGACGAGAAUCCAUUAAGCAAAUGCUGUAAAUAACUUGUUGAACAGUCAGAUCGUCCGGGAGCGCAAUUAAAUGAUGCUGCCAGUGGCAAACACCACAAUUGACGGGCGAUCAAGAUCAGAAUCUGCUGGCAUAUGAGAAGUGUUGCUCGUCUUUAAACAUCACAUCUGACCGAUUGUUGACCUUUUCAUCAGUGAUCAGCACUGUUGAGAAAGCUCACUUGUUGGCACAUCUCAUCAGCCAGUCAGAUGUGCUGCCAAUCAAAGCCAGAAUAACGACGUGGACGCUAAUAGUUGCCUGAAUCUGCUCACACACAAGUUGAAGAUGCUUCCACUGUUCCGAAAUGCUUCACCGCACCAUUCAGACCCUCAAGUGAUUUAGAACCUUCCCUGUAGUACAGCAAAGAGGCAGUUGCAGCUUUAAAGACAAAAAACUUAGAAGAGGAAUUCUAAAAAAGCCACAAAGAAAAAGAUCAGCAAUGUUUUGGCCUAUAUUACUCACCCUGCAGGCUGUGUGCACCAGUGUGACACAUGCUAUGCAACAUUACCCUGCAGCCUGGGGACACUAUGACGUGUGCAAGUCCCAGAUCUAUACAGAGGAGGGCCUGGCAUGGGACUACAUGGCUUGUCAGCCAGAAGCCACCGACAUGACAAAGUACCUGCGAGUGGCCCUCGACCCCCCAAACAUCACGUGUGGAGAUCCGCCUGAGACGUACUGCGCUUUGGAGAAUCCUUACAUGUGCAACAACGAAUGUGAUGCUGCUACUGAGGAACUGGCUCAUCCUCCUGAGUUGAUGUUUGACUUCGAAGGUCGAAAUCCAACAACAUUCUGGCAAUCGACAUCAUGGAAGAAAUACCCAAAGCCUCUGCAAGUCAACAUUACGCUGUCCUGGAACAAGACAAUUGAGCUAACUGAUGACAUCGUCAUCACCUUUGAGUCAGGCCGGCCGGAGCAGAUGGUCCUGGAGAAGUCGCUCGACUACGGUCGCACCUGGACCCCUUACCAGUUCUACGCCACUGAUUGCCUGGAUGCUUUCACCAUGGAACCCAAGACAGUGAAUGACCUGUCUCAGCACACCCUGCUGGACAUAAUUUGUACUGAGGAAUAUUCUCGAGGCUAUGUGUGGAAGAACGACAAGACCGUACGUUUUGAGAUAAAGGACCGCUUCGCUCUAUUUGCUGGACCUCGGCUACACAACAUGGCUUCACUAUACGGUCAGCUGGAUACCACUAAGAACCUGAAAGAUUUCUUCACAAUCACAGAUCUGAGGAUUAGACUACUAAAGCCAGCUACUGGAGCCACCAUGGUGGACGAGAACAAUUUAUCCAGAUACUUCUACGCAAUAUCUGACAUCAAGGUACAGGGCAGGUGCAAGUGCAACCUGCAUGCCAACAGCUGUGUGUUUGACAAGGGGAAGCUGGGCUGUGAGUGUGAACACAACACAACAGGGCCCGACUGCAGCCGCUGCAAGAGGCACUACCAUGGAAGGGCCUGGAGUGUGGGCUCCUACCUCCCCAUACCCAAAGGAACUGCAAAUAUAUGUAUUCCCAGCAAUCAUGGACCAGUGCAUCGAGCAAAUGCUUCAUCUCUCGGUGUUGCAAAUCGUAACCAAGCUCGGGUGUGUGACAAUGCGAUGUUGCGCUGUCAGAACGGCGGCACAUGCCACCAUCACCAACGGUGUCACUGUGCCCCUGGCUUUACGGGUGUCCUGUGUGAGAGAGCUAGAUGCCAGGGUCCCGGAGAGUGUGAUGACCAGCUAUCUGGACGGGCAGCACUCCAUCAUCACCCCAUAAAGCAUCGGCUGUUCUUUCCCCUUGUAAUGAUCCUGCUUUCAGUUGUUUCUCUUUGCUGAGAAGCUUGAACCAAAAUCCUCCAAAUAAAACCCUAAGACCACAAAUGCUGAGAACGAACUCUCAACCUUAUGAACAUUGACAAAAAAAAAAACAACAAAAAACAAAGAAUGUGUGGACAAUGUGCUCCGUAUAAGCAAUUUUUUUUGUAUGGCCAAGACCAAGUUGGUGGGUGAAGAAAGAAAGUAGUGCAGCAGGUUUAAUGAUGAAAAGAUUUCUGGGAAGCACAUAGAAAAAGACACUGUUUUGUAACCUCACAUGAAGAGACUGUAGGUGACCUUGAUUUGUGGAAAUGUCUUUCUCUAGUAUCCCUUCAGAGAGAGAAGAUUCUCUGCUCAGACAACGCAAGUCAGUUUCUGGUGACAAACUGUACAAAAACAAGACACAAGAUUCCUAGGUGUCAUCUAAAGUAUUAUGAGAAAAUAUAGUGAAGCAAGAUCUCUUAAAAAGGUAGUUUGGAUAUUUUUGAAGUUAUUUACCAUUGUUUUAAGUAAUAAUACCCUUACCUGUAGAACACUGAUGUCACAGUUAAAGACGUUAGAUGAAAAGUAAUGAAUUCCCCAUAUUGAAAGCUAAAAGGUAACCAGACAGAAAACUAAGGCAGUGAGUGACAGCCUGACAGAAAAUCAAAAUUAUUACUCAAACUCUGGUCUAGUUAAAACUUUUUACACAGACUGGUGAGAUGAUGAUGAUCAGGCAAUCUGAAAUCACAGACAGCCACUUCAUUUUUUAGGUAGCACCACAGACUUUGUUCUGCUAGUGAGACUAAACAUCUGAAAUUGGGUCAUAUUUGUUAACGAUAUUAAAACCGUCAAACAGACAUUCUGUUUGAUACAAUUAUUCACAAAUGAUACCAGUAUGAGUCACAAUUUUAUUCCAGAAUUAUAAAUAUUAACUGGAGUUGUUUCAAUGCAAAAAAAAAUAAUGGAUGGCCCUGCUAACUAGUGGUUAGCCUUCCAUUGUUCUAAGUAGUUCCUCACUUUUCUUACAAAAAUAACGACAUGACAAUCUGUUUACUGCAAGAACGGAAGCUUUUACUGGUAAUAUCUUCACACCGACUCAACCAAAAAAAUCUAAACUAUCACUUUACGACAUCUUGCCUCACUGGCUCCCAUUUUCAUACUUACACCACCUCCUCAUCCAGCACCAUCAGGCCCCCAGCCCUUCCUGUGCUUUAGUGACCCUAGUGAUUUUACUUUGCUGCUGCAGGGUGUCUGUUGUUUUGCCUAAAGCUGCACAUGUAUUACUACCAAUCCCUCCCUACAAUUUCCAGUCUAGUAUCUUUUUGUUUUCAGAAGUUUUGUAGUAUUGCUUGAGCUCACCUGUAUCCGAAAAAAGUUGUAAAAUACUGUAAGUGUAUUUAAUUUUCUAUAAAACAGAUAUUUUCAUGAUUAUGCAAAACAAAACAAAAAAAGAUGUAUUACUUGUUUUCUACUGCUGCUGACCAGUCCUUCAGUAGAUGUGGGCUAAGUGUGACUAAGGAAAUUGGUUGUGUACAAAUUAUUAUUAUUAUUAUUAUUAUUAUUAUUAUUAUUAUUAUUAUUAUUAUUAUUAUUAUUAUUAUUAUUAUUAUUAUUAUUAUUAUUAUUUUUAUUUUGUUUUGCUUGUGGGACACAUGGCUCUCGUUGCCUGAGAGCUGCUGUCAGAAUAUGUUUACAUACACGGCCACAAAAUACACUUCCACCAAAGCGCAAAAGAAAAAACAUGUUUUUGUCUUGUUGUUAAAAAGUAUUAAUUUUAUUAGGCAGAAACAUGACAUUUGAGACAAAAUGUGCAGAAGAAAAUUAUUUACUGUCCACUGAUGAAUGCAGGCAAAUUACAAAUACUGAAUGUCAUCUUGAAAGAUGUUUAAAAGCUAUUAAUCUGAUCAUUGACUAUUCCACUGAAGCACCAGUUGCUGGUAAUAAGCAGGCUCCUCUGUAACACAUCCCUGUUGUGCUUAAGAACGAGUCUUGGAUUGAAAUCCCAUCAAUUUUAUGUAAAUUUAACAAGAGGAGAAAAGAAGAUUGUGUGGCCGUUACAGAGGUUGUCUGGCUCAAAUCUGUAAUCAGAUCUAAUCCUCGAAUCAAAUGAGAAGAAGGGAAGUUUUUUUCCCGAGCUCCUGCAGAUGAAAGACAUGCAUCCUGCUGCGGGAUCCGCCACAAAGCCGUGCUCUCAGGAAAUGAGCUCUAAUUCGUGGAGGGUCAAUGAAUAGAAAUGAAGUUGCGUCCCACGGGGUGACAUAUUGAGAACUGAGACCAAUUUUAUUCGAGGGAUUAAUUUUACUCCUGAGGUUGUCAUGAAACGCCUAAUUGUGCUAGAGUUUAAUGUAAGUGCCUCUCAUUAAACGUCACUGUCUCUGAUAGAAAGCAGUAGCCUUUUUGUGAAUGAGACUCUGGAGAUUAGCAAAUUUUGUUUGUCAUGGAUUAAUCCACUGUAUAAAACCACUUACAAAGGGAUGGAUGUUAUUUUUUAAGAAAAUAUGAAAUUUUAUUGGAAGAGUUAACCAAGUGCUGGUCAUGCACAUAAAUAUACAAAGGAUAACACAAAUAAUAAAUAUGUGUUUGUCAUUUUAUUUAAAAAAUAAAUGCUCAACAUCCAUAUUUGUGUGAUUUUUAGGGGGUGUUUUAAGGGUUAUUGUAAAGUGAGAAGUUAAAUUAGAAAAAAACCAAGCAAUGGUUAAUUGCUUAACUUUUAACCAUAUUUGGAAGUCAAUAUUUUUGUUGACAAUCAAAAGAAGCAGAAUUAUUUAUGCGUUGUUAAAAAACCUAUUUCCCAUUUUACAAAUUUAUUUUAUGUUUGCUUUGUGGUCACACUGUAAUAUUUCACAUCAUCAAACAAAUUUUAAUGUCAUGCAUAAAAAACUUUGGAUAAAUGCAGGAAGCAGGCUGAAGAUGAUGGUUUUUCUUAUUAAGGGAAAUAGGCUGUCCAACCCUUUUCUACCCUGUGUUUGCAGAUGUUCUCCAUUCAUUUCUGGAUCUAAAUCUCUUGGGAGCUGACUGAGCAUCCAUACUGCACUUCUCACACUUUUAGUUUUAAAAUAAAUCCAAACGCAUACAUCUUUACACUUCAGAGGUAAACACUCUUUUGUGUUGUUCUUUGAAACCCCAACAAAAUACAAUAAAGUUUCUUAUGAUGCUGUCACAAGAUGUGAAAAAGGAAAGGGAAAUUUAUAAAGGUGUCAUAGUUAUUUUCAAUCAGAACACAUCAUCAUUAACAUAUGAUGUUACCAUCUUUACCAUUAACAAAUGAUGAAAUAUGUGCGCUGUUACUUAAAUACUUUAAUAUUUUUUCCUUAAAAAAAUGCUUGAGCCAGCGCUGAAAAUAUUUCUUUUGCUUGAUAAAUUUGUUCAGGUCUUGCAGAUGUAGCAAGAGGCUUUUUUCAAGGGGUUACGUUCAGAGUCCCCCCUCCCACAAAAUAGACCAAAUUCUGUUUACCUCUUAUAUUCCCCACUGUUCCGUGUCACAGCAGUUCCUUGUCCUUCCUCUUUUCACAUCUGAGACCCAGGAGGGGGUAUCAGGAGGACACUUUUAAACACAGGCAGUCCUUGUGUUCUGCCGCCAUCAGCGCUGGUGGCACCAGCACAAAAGUUACGUAACAGAAGACAUUCAGGGGUAUUCAGUGUCUGGGAAAGAAAAGGCUCAGCAACAUGACUGGAGCACUCAGCUCAUUUGCAAAUCAAUAUCAAUAUUCAGCCGAGGUGAACUGAGAACUCUUUUGGGACAGAAGCUGAACCUCUCCAACAUUUAACACCAUAAAUAGUACCAUUGUAAGGCACGUGUAAGAAGUGCCAGCAUAUCAAAUUUUUAUACUUCGCUAAUAUCACAAGAAUUUGAAUAUUAAUUAUUUUCACGCUUAAAAUAGAGACAGAAGCCCUCCUUCAAAAGCCCCUCCACCGACUGUUAAAAAUCAGAGGAUUGGAGGAAACCAAAGCUUCUAUUUAGGUCAUGAAUAGCAGAAUGUUUAUCUACAUCGCCUGCUGAAGAACUGGAGUUAAGCGGCUGCAGGUCCUCACAGUUCUCAUUUCUCACUCAUCAAGAACUUGUCCAUGACCCUGUCACCAGGAAAAACUUUUCCCCUUGGUUCAGCAGUUGCUGACAGACAAGAAAUAAAGACAGCCUGGUUCCAUAUGGAGAGCUGCAGUUGUUAGAAAGACUUUCUUUCUGUUCAAGCUGCUCUCAAAGAGCGCACGCUUCCUGGGAAUGAAAGUUUAUUUAUUUAUUUGUUUGCUUGUCAGUUUGUUUGUCUAGAAAGUUUCUUUGCAAAUGCUGGCAUCGAGUUGAGGAAGAAGUUACAUAUGGUUGCACAAUGUUUGCAUGCACAAAAUUAAAAGUGCUGUACAGAACUUAAAGUAGGGAGACAGAGUUUCAUUGAAGAUGUCUCAUAUAAAAGAUCUAAAAACACUUGAUUCCAUUCUGUUGAAAAGGUCCAGUUUUUUAUUCUUAUAGGUGCCAGAUGGUGAUUUGUCCUCAUUGUGGGACAAAAUUAUUUUACAUUGCAGAA